AUGUGGCAGGAUGAAGUACCGCAGCAGAGGCCCAAGUGCAGAGUGCGGUUUUUUUGCUCAACCACUCAAACGUCGAUUGGACACUUCAUUCUCGUUACGCCCUCUAUGAAUGUCCACAUUCAUUUUCUCCCCGCUUCCCUAAAAGAUCGUUCUGGACGUUUGUUGGACGUUCUCCUUCUUCAAGUUGAUUAUCCCCAUCUGCUCGAGAACGGCAGGUACAAUGACCUUGGGUUUCACGAUUACGUUUAUCCCGUCUCUCGUCACUCUUCGCAGGCCAAUAUCGGAAGUGCAGACCACCUCAUCUCCAUCAUCCGACUCAUUCCCCUCAGCUCGGUUCCCGGUGGUAUCAAGAGCGUCUCCAGUCGCUCAGGCGAUCUAUCCUCCCCAAGCAUGACGUGGAGGCGAAUGGCUAGCGUUGCCACGAUCGAAAGUUUAUCCUCGAAGGACUCCAUGAUACUCCGCGUUAAGGGGCAGUCUUUCGACCAACCUGACAGAAUUAGAAUGUUGAGGAGAGAGCUGCACAUGAACUCUAUCAUCUGGGUUUUUCUGUUAUCUGAUGGACCGAGUCGUGCGCAGGUGACGGCGCGCCAUCUCUCAGCGGCUUUUGGUUCUUCUAUAUCACUUCUCAGUACGCCAAACACACCUGGAAGGCGAUCUGAAGCGCGCCCUCUUCCCGAAAACCCGACUCUUGGCACCAUCAACCCCAGAACCGUCACGUUCACGUCCUUUGGCGUGAAUUUCCUGGACCCUGAGAUAGGGAGUAAACGGCGUCAAAGGGCGGGUGUAUGGGUACCACUGUGUCCUGUGCAGAAACUCUCCAUGCACUCCAUGAUCCUCGGUCAGCACAUCAUCCCCUCCAACCGUAAGACAAGAGCGGUCACGCUAACUUGCAACGUGCAAGGAAGCAGGAGGAGAGAGCAACGGAGGGCCGUGGGUGAUGAUAGUGAAGGUCGUUCUAUGCGCCAAUCGUUCCAAGUCCGACGUCCUUGA